UUUAAUUGGAAUUGAGUGAAUGAACGCUAUUUGGUAGAAAAUUUCGUCUUGCAGUUCGAAUAGUGUACUGUGAUGAUUGUUCCACGGAUUUCAAGUCUGGAGUACCACGGGAAUUGAAUUUACGAGACGCGCACCGCGAUAUUACGGAGAAAAAUUCUUGAAAAAAAACAUGACCACGUGAUCCUCGCAUUAGAGGAUGAUCGUCAGAGAAACGAAGGAUCCGUGGACGACAUUCGCCAAUAAGCGGAGCUGACCAUGACCGGGUUUGCAUCCAUCUGCUGCGGCGUCCAAUUAUGCCGCCCUUGUCUGAGGCGGCGGCGCACGUACGCAUUCGGCAUCUGCUAUUCUAUCCUCAGUGUUUUGAGCAUCGCGAUCAUUUGGCUCCUCAUGCUAGGAGGCGUACCGUCCAGUCUCCGCACUCCACCAGCGACUAUCCACGAACAUCGCGCGGACAUGCUGCGCCGAAUCCGACAGACAGACCCCGAUGACAAUGACGCGUCUCCGCAUGCAUCCGAACAGCAGCAACGUGGAGAGCUGAGCAACCUGGAUCUCUACGCCCUGGGCUGUGAGGCUGCCAAAGUGUACCCGGCCGUGGUGACGUCGAAGGCGCUCAAAUGGCACCAGACGCCACGGGCUCAACUUUUGCCCGAGGGACCCAUUUUCGACGGGCGUCGCUUUGCCAACUGCGUCGCAGUGUCCAAUUCCGCCGCGCUUUCCGGAUCACGGCUCGGCAGAUUUAUAGACUCGCACGAAUUGGUAUUGCGUUUCAACCAUGCCCCAACGAUCGGUUUUGAGCAAGACGUGGGCUCCAGAACGGAUGUAAGAAUCGUGAAUGACCUGGUGCUGUUGGAUCGAAAAUACUACGUGGUGCCAAAUUUUAACUUCAUGAACGACGCUCUAUAUCGUGAUCUCACUGCCCUCAUUGGAUGGGUUCCUCGCGAGGAAGAUCUCUGGAAUGGUCCAAUAAUUGAGCACUACUUCGAGAGACGACGGCUGUUACCCCAUGAAUCUUUUUACAUGUUUGAGACGCAAGGUCUAUGGGACAUUUGGGAAUUCCUGCAAAAACUUGUGCCAAUGCCGAUUGUACAAUACACCCCUUCAUCUGGCGCUCUGGGCAUGUUCCUCUUGCUGCACCACUGCGACGUGGUGCAUGGCGUAGAGUUCAUCCCGUCCGUCCGAUUCCACUACAGCUACGGCUGUCACUACUUCGAAAUCUACCAGCCACUACCAUGUACUUUUUUCUCGCCGCACCCGAAGACGGCCGAAAUGAGUCUCUGGUACAGGCUGAACCGAGCCAGUGAUGAGGUCGUCUUCGGCCACGGUGUGACGCAAUUACGCGGAUUCAACGUCACGCAGUGCAAAGGAAGCAGAGGAAUGAGAAGCUCGCCACCCCGCGUCGAUUAUACUCUCUUGCCGCCGCUCGGGUAUCCGCUGUCUACGCCAACAUCGUGAUGUGUCCAGUUCUCGAUGCGCGGUCAAAAACCGCGCAUCGAGAAUUAUUUGACGAAGUUUUCCGAGAAUCGUUCGUGAGUGUACAGAGAAAAGCUACUUUGUGUCAUAAAGUGAGCUUUCGCAUCUAAACCCAC